AUGAGUGAAUCAACGCUAAAUAAUUUUGAUGGAAUUCCUCAAUAUGCUCAAAUGAUGCAUUCGACAAACGUCGAUAGUCAUUCGAAAUCCAUGACUAUCAUUGUACAAAAUCCAUUUGAUGAUCCAGCGAAUAACAUAUCCAAUUCUCGUGCUCACACUUCACAUCCAGUUCGUUUUAACCAAGAAUUGCUGAAUAAUUUUAAUAUUAAUGUUCCCAUAACAAGACAACCCGAUCACAUGUCAUCGUCGAAUUCGAUUUCAACAACCUCGUUGAUACCACUCCCCACACCCAUUCCUAAUAACUUAGGUGUUAACAUGCAUCAUAUGAAUCAAGCAUCGAUAACACCAACUAUGAUCGGGACAUACCCUCCACAUCAGUCAUCACCGCACAGCAAUUUCGACAAUCAUCAUAUGUCAUCAACUGGAAUCCAUAGUAAUAAUCCUCGAUUCGUUAUUGGAAAAGUCAAUCCAUACAAUGGGGCAGUUCCGAAUCAUUUACGAUAUCCAACGAUGAUGCCGCCUCAGGCAUAUCGACAUCAGAUGAUGAAACCAAGAAUGAUGGCAGCGAGUACUUACGGACAAAUGAUACCACAGUCACGACCAUCGCAACAGCAGCAACAACAACAACAACAACCGAUCGCUUAUGAUCCCAAUGCUGUUUAUGGGAUGAAUGGACAGCAACAACAAGUUCAUCACGUACUUCCAGAUGAUAAUAUUCUCAAGUCGUUGUUACAGCCGUCGGAGACAGAUAUAAAACCGCAUCCUCCAGUCAAUUGUCACAAUCAAAGUUUUCCACCCGUUCCUAAACCAAGAAAAAAGCGUAAAGGAAACGAUUUCAAUACGUCGUGUGAAGAUGAUAUACCAGCCAAAGUACAAAAACGUAAAAAAAAAGGUGCCAAAGAAACAGAGAAAUUCGUUGAAUACUCCUUACAACAAUUACGUAAUCUACCAAUGUUGACUCCUGUUGAACCAUUAAUAGAUGUUAGCAAUGAACUGUGUCUGUCAGUAAAUUUUUCUAGCACAAAAAAGUAUUCAUUUCAAGGCGAAUUUGGUGAUGUUUUUCUCGACGAUAUCACCGAUUAUUAUCGUCCGCAUCGACGAGCGCCACCCAAGCCGAUAAAAGCAUCUCCACUCGAACGACGUUAUCGUUUAUGUUCGAAUGUACUCGAUCGACCACCGUGCUUACCUUCGCCACCAUUACAGAUAAAUACAUCGGAAAAGCUAUCUGUAUUGAUAAACGAAAAUAGUAAUCUCUGCGGUGACGAAAGUAUUGUUUCAACAUCAACAAUAGCGGACGAUGAAGAUCUAAUGAAUGACAUUCAAACAGAAAAUCAUUAUUUGCUUGAGACAUUAUCCAAUAAUGAUUUUCGAGCAUUAAGUCCCGUGUUUAUCCCAAAUGAAACUCAAUCAUCAAUGAUGCCGGACAUUCUAUCAAGUGAAAACGACCAGCCAUUAGUCGAAGGAUCAGAAAAAGUGUCAGUGACAUUAACAUUGACGACUGAGGCUGCAAACAAUGUACAAAGUGUCAUCGCUGCUGUUGCUGACCUGCUCAAAAUGGCGUAUCCACCACCAUUUGACGUUCAUCAAACCUUGAAUAGUAAUACUCACAAUUGUACAUGUUCAUCCGCACCAAACUCGAAUAAUAUCCUAUCUCUUUCUUCACAAACUCCUCUGAUUAGUCGUGCUCCAUCAAUUUAUAAAAUCGGUCGUGAAACGAGUACAAGUAUUCAAUCUCUAAUCGAUAGUCAACCGAAAAUCUGUCGCAAUUGUUCGCAAAAUUUAACCAAUGAAAACUGGUUGAAGAAGCGUUUCAAUGAACUACCAAAUCAUCUUCGGGAAUCAACGGCGAAUUCCGACCCGUUCAUCUAUUUCUGCCAUGAACAAUGUUUUAAUACGUACGUUACUAGCACAAAUCAGCCAUCACAAAGUAUAAAAUCUGAACCAGUCGACAAGCCAGUGCUUAUAAAGCGAGAAGAAGUUCCAUUUAACGAGUUAAAGGAUACCAAGCGAUGGAAACGAUGGAAUCCGGAGCUGAUACCGCAAACAAUCGUUCAAUCAGUCGAUGAGACUGAAAUUGAUCAAUUAAUAUCAAAGAUUAAAAUUCCAACAGCGUUGGAUAUUAAACAAGACAAACGAAUUUGUGUUUUUUGUAAUAGUACCGGUGAUUUGACGCCGAAUGGACCUGGAAGGUUAUUGAACCUCAAUGUUGGUCAAUGGUGCCAUUUGAAUUGCGCGUUUUGGUCAUCCGAAGUAUACGAAACAUUGAGUGGUGCGUUGAUGUCUGUAGAACAAGCCUUCACACGUGCCCGAAAUACUGAAUGUGUCAUAUGCAAACAGAAAGGAAGCAGUCUGAAUUGUUUUUAUCAACGUUGCCCCAGUACAUAUCAUUUUCAAUGCGCCAUUGAGAAUGAAUGCGUUUUUUACAAAGACAAAACCAUCAUGUGUCCAUUACAUGCGUUGAAAACAGUCCCUGAUGAUCAUAUCUUGCUAGAUAAAUCGAUUCUUCGAAGAAUUUGGAUUGAACGGGAUGAAAUCAAACAGAUUCAGAAUUACAUGACUGAUGAGCAUGAAGACAAGUCGUACAUAUUGCGCAUCGGUAGUCUCAUUCUACACAAUAUCGGUCAGUUAUUGCCUCAUCAGAUUCAAUCAUCUGCAUUUCAUAAUCGAAAUUACAUUUAUCCUGUUGGUUAUAUUGUAACGAGAUUCCAUUGGUCAUUACAUUAUCCCAAUCGUCGAUGUGUUUAUCAAUGUUCAAUCAUUGAUGUUGAUAAUAAGCCAAUGUUUCGAAUAGUUGUACAUGAAAAUGAUCAAACGGAAGAAUAUCUCGAGUCGAGUGCUAAAGCAGUUUGGUAUAAAAUUGUUCGUGAGAUCGAUUUAUUAAGACGUAAAUAUCAUCUUGUGAAAAUGUUUCCAAUAUUUGUCAGCGGCGAAGAUUUAUUUGGAUUGACAGAACCUCACAUCGUUCGUCUUAUUGAAUCAUUGCCAGGAGUAGAAACGUUACCAAAUUAUGCAUUUAAAUACGGCCGAUUACAAUUAUUCGACAUGCCAUUGACAGUCAAUCCAACGGGUUGUGCACGAAGUGAACCUAAAUUACACACGCAUUUUCGACGUCAUGCACAAGCGACGACAAGCUCGCAUGGAAGUCGAAAUGCACUUCCAAGAAGUCUUCUUGGAACUGAAACGAAUCAAGUUCCUUAUGGAAAACAAUUCGUUCUCUCAAAGUCUACACAGUACCGAAAAUUAAAAGCCGAAUGGCGACAAAAUGUUUAUCUAGCUAAAUCACGAAUUCAAGGUUUGGGCCUAUUUGCUGCACGUGAUCUGGAAAAACACACCAUGAUUAUCGAAUACAUUGGUGAAUUGAUUCGUAAUGAAGUCGCUAACAACCGCGAGAAAUUGUACGAAGCACAUAAUCGUGGAAUUUAUAUGUUCCGAUUAGACGAAGAUUGCGUUAUCGAUGCCACAGUGAGUGGCUGUUUAGCUCGGUACGUCAAUCAUUCUUGUGAUCCAAAUGCGUUUACAGAAGUCGUACAAGUGGAGAAGGAAAACAAGAUUGUCAUCAUAGCUAAUCGACGUAUCACGAAAGGUGAAGAGAUCAUGUACGAUUAUAAGUUCGAUUUUGAAGACGAUUCGAAAAUUCCAUGUUUAUGUGGCGCAAUCAAUUGUCUGAUAUCGAUGGCUUGUUUUAUAAGUUCAUUCUCUUAUGAUUUACUCGUCCGUCCUCUAUUCAUCAAUUCAUUACUGUCUACGUACAAAUAUAUUUUUUUGACAAAGAAAAACAAUACAUCAUAG